AUGUGGAUGCAGAACGUGGCAGCGGUGGUGAUGAUAAUGGGUCAACAACUUCCCAAUACAUCCAAGCAAAUUGGAGGACGCCAGUCGCUUUUACAAAGCGGUGGUGCUUUGAUUUGUAUCGAUUGCAAUGAUGAUCUUACAUCAUUUCUUCGUCAUGUUACAGUCAAUGUUUAUGUUCCGAAAGAUAGAGUGACAAAUCUCCAUCAAGGAUAUGGGUUUGUGGAGUUCCGUAGUGAAGAAGAUGCUGAUUAUGCAAUAAAGGUUCUGAACAUGAUUAAACUGUAUGGGAAGCCAAUACGUGUGAAUAAGGCUUCUCAAGAUAAGAAGAGCUUGGAUGUUGGUGCUAACCUUUUUGUUGGAAACCUUGACCCUGAUGUGGAUGAAAAACUUCUCUAUGAUACUUUCAGUGCUUUUGGACUCAUUGUUACAAACCCAAAGAUAAUGAGAGAUCCUGAGACUGGGAAUUCCCGUGGUUUUGGCUUUAUUAGCUAUGAUUCUUUUGAGUCCUCUGAUGCAGCUAUUGAGGCCAUGAAUGGUCAAUAUCUCUGCAAUCGUCAAAUUACAGUGUCCUAUGCAUACAAGAAAGAUACCAAAGGGGAGCGUCAUGGUACUCCAGCAGAGAGAGUCUUGGCUGCAAGCAAUCCCGGUGCACAGAAAAACAGGCCCCACACCCUUUUUGCAAGUGGACCACCUACACUAUCGAAUGGUCCUCAGGCUAAUGGUACCAUAGGGGUCCCUGUUCCUCCUCGUCCGUUUGCAAAUGGUCCCAUUCCUCCUGGGCAAGUUCCAGCAAUCCGCCCUCCCCCACCACAGGUUGGGGGCUUUCCUCCUCCGAUGCAACUAGCAGGGCAGCAAUGGCCUGGUCAGAUGCAGCAACAGGGUCAAGUGAUGAUGCCAUCUGUCAUGCCGCCUCCACCUCAGCAGUUCAGACCACUUGCCAGACCACCAAAUAUUCCACCUCCUCCACAGGCAGCACUUUCAAGGCCUCCACCACCACCAAUGGGUAUGAGUGCACCACCACCGGUUUGGCCACCAGCACCACCUCAGCAUAUGGCUGGAAGACCUCCCCCGCCACCUCCAAUGUCCAUGCCACCACCUCCACCACCUCCAUCUGCUUGAAGUACAGGUCAUUCCAGAGCUCUGUAAUUCAGAGAUACAUUUUUGCUGGGAAAUGCUAUUUUUUUUUUUUUUUGGGGGGGGGGGGGGGGUGGGGGGAGAUAGGGGGUGGCUGUAGACCUUUGUUUUCUUUGUUCUACUUGAUGAGGAUUUGUCGUUUCUUACUGUUUUCAUUAGGGUCGUAUAGGUUGUACUAUAUAAACCCAAUAGUGUUUUAAUUGCUAUGCGAAAUUUCUUUAAUUGACAGUGCAAAAAGUGGAAGAAGGGAUUGCAAGGUGGUGAAGUUAUAGAUAACUCUUUGCUGAUUUUAUUUUCCUAUGCAACUGUGCACAUUAGAAACUGAUUAACUUGAUGUGUAUUGUAUUGAACAAAAGGGAUUUGGCUCCAAACCCGAGAUGAUGUUGAAAUGAUUCUAGCAUAUCCAAUGGUUGGAAUUCAGAA